AUGGAGGCAAUAAUGGAACCAGCUGAGCCCCCAACCAGAAAACUGUUUGUAGAUGGAUCCUCAAGAGAGGCUGGCUCCGGGACAGGAAUAGUCUUGGAAAGUCCAAAGGGUCACAAGCUAAAUUGUGCAGUAAGGUUUGGCUUCAAAGCCUCGAACAAUGCUGCCGAAUAUGAAGCCCGUCCAGUGAGCCUCAGAUUGGCAAGAGAGAUGCAGGUCAGAAGGCUCGUAGCCAGCAGCGAUUCUCAGCUGAUAGUGAAUCAGGUGAGUGGAAGCUUCACGACCAAAGACAGUAGCAUGGUCGCAUACUUGAAGUUGGUUAAGGACCUAAUCCCUCAAUUCGAAAGGUUCAAACUAAUUCAAGUCCCACGCCUAGAAAAUACACAUGCAGACGCCCUUUCAAAAUUUGCCAGCAGCAAGGAUUUCGAGCUAUUAAAGGUCGUCCCUAUUGAACACUUGUUGAAGCACUCCAUUUUCGGAGGAGAAGAGGAGCGAGGCAAGGAAGUUGAGAAGAAGGGCUGCGCACUUCGUCCUGAAAGAGGAUGUGCUCUACAAAAGAGGCUUCGCCUCACCACUUCUCCGAUGCAGCCUUCUCAGAACCUCUCUGUGGUAACCAGUCCCUGGCCAUUCGCCAAGUGGGGCAUCAACUUCAUUGGCCCACUCCCUAAAGGAAGAGAAAGCGCGACCUUCGCUAUUGUCGCCAUCAACUACUUCACCAAGUGGGUCAAGGCUGAACCCCUUGCGAAGAUUACCAAGGCAAACACUAUAAAAUUCAUCUGGAAGAAUAUCAUUUGUAGGUUCGGUAUUCUCCACUCCUUAGUGUCCGACAAUGGGAGAUUGUUCGACAACCGAAAAAUGCGAGAAUUGUGCGACGAAAUGGGGAUAAAAAAGGAUUUCUCAAUGCCUCAUCAUCCGCAAGCAAAUGGACAAGUUGAGGCAGUAAACAAAACCAUCAAGCAUACCCUGAAAAGGAAGCUUGACACAUCAAAGGGAGCUUGGGUCGAUGAACUUCCCCACGUCCUCUGGGCAACAAGCGAAACUGCAACUGGAGAAACACCAUUCUGA